AUGGAGUUGCAAAGGGUCAGGGGCGUUUUUCUUCCCAAGGGUCAAAUGUCUUUGUCAGGAAGCUUUCAGGGGUCACCUGCCGGUGGUGGACAGGGCAAAAGGCAUAAGAACAUAAGAAGUGCCUUCUUGGAUCAGGCCAAUGGCCCAUCUAGUCCAGCAUCCUGUUCCCACAGUGGCCACCCAGAUGCCUGUAGGAAGCCUGCAAGUUGGACAUUAGCACAACCGCGCUCUACUCACCUGCAGUUCCCAGCAUCUGGUAUUCAGAGGCGUACUGCCUCUGACAGUGGAAGUAGAGCACAGCCAUUGUGGCUAGGAACUGUCCUCCAUGAAUUUGUCUAAUCCUCUUUUAAAGCCACUCAAGUUGGUGGUUAUCACUGCCUCCUGUGGGAGUGGGUUCCAUAGUUUAACUAUGUGCUGUGCAAUGCAGCAAAGAACACAGAGACAAGUGGACAGAAAAAAUGGUUUAUGACUCUUAUCUUUGGACAGUAGCCUCCACCCCAGCCACACAAAAGCCAGAACUUUUUGCACACGCAAUUGUAUCUUUCCAUCCUCCAUACAAGCAAGAGAUGGAAUUGUUACAGCUCAAGGACACAUUCCAGCAGGGGUAAUUGCAUACUCCAGGAGGGUGCAGAGCAGGGCUUCUGAGAGGUGUGGUCUGAGGAGAGUCCCAAGGGUCAGACAGAGAGGCCUAGAGGGCUGCAUUUGGCCUAUACUUCCACAGUUCUGCCAUAAUGUAACAGGGAAGAAAUUAAGAUAAAGUCAUGACUCCUGUAUCUAGUAGUGAUCUGGACACCAAAGCAGACAGACUAUAGGGGCAACAGCUGGGGAGUUAGGUUUGGGUCAGGGCUCAGAGCUGAGUGCAGAAGCUGGAGAGACCAUUGCACCUGAAGUGGUUGGACAAGAAUUCUCAGAAGAACCUCCCAGAUCACCAUGGCCUAUAAGGACAGAGCCUGCACCCUCAUGGACACCUUUCCCUGAGCCUGAAGGACCAGGUGCUCACCACCGCCCAACACCAGUCUGGUAACACUGGGAUGGGUGGUUCCCAUGUCCCCAUGAUUUCUUCACUCUAAGUUGCUCUCACUGAGUUUCAAAUGCGUAUGUGCACUCAGUAAAGAUCUAGGCAGCGUUAUGAAUCAGGCUUACAAAUAAGUGCUCUGCCUGCUGUAGCCAUCAAAAAGAAAAAUAAUGUUGUGACAAUUAGGAAAGUUGCAGGGAGUAAUUCAUAAAUCAUCGUAAUAGCUCUGCAUAGGCUAAUGACGCGUUUUAUCUUCAGUAAUGUAUACAGUGUUGGUUCUCCCAAUUCAAGGAGGAACGUUGUACCAAAGCAAGAUGGUUCAGGGUUUGCAAAGUGGCACAGAGAAAACGUAAACAACCUUGGUAAGUUAAUUCUGAAUUAUGGUGUGCUGCAUUUAGGAAGCAAUAUGAAAAUAGUGAAUUCUUAAGCGCUGACUCUUAAUUCUGACUUAAUUAAUGUUUCUGAUUGUUUAUUUCUCUUCAUAAUGAAGAGAUUCUUUUACCAAAGAAUAAACAACAAUGCUCAUAAAAGAAUACAUCAGCUUCUAAAAAUAGCUACAUUUUUCUAGUGAAUACAAGCCAUCUCUGUAGAACACAACGGGUUGCCUCUGCUUCUGUCAACAUUGGAGUAUUUUAUUGUCUUUGCAAUAUAAGCUGGCAUGUACUUAUACAUGACAUUGAGACAGGAAGGUCACUGCUUGCUAUAAAGCCACAGAGAAAGUCACAGAAGUCAAGACAGGAAGGAAAACCUCCGAGUGUUAAGGCUGACUUACAUGAACAAUUCCUGAGCUUCUGCAUGUAGCUUGAUGGCUGGGAUUGUGUACAUGUGCUGAAAACAAUCACACCAUGUUUAGGAAGUGUCAGUUUCCUGUAUGGAUCUCAACCCAAGAUCAGAACCCCAACACUGCAACGUACAAAUACUUUUUAAAAAGUGGGGGUAUUAGAAAUCUGUUGAAAUACUGUUUGGCAAACCAGACCCAAGAUGAUGAUGAUUUAUUAACUUUGUAUACCGCCAUUCAUCUGAAGAUCACAAGGCAGUCACAUCAUAAAAGUACAAUAUGAGAAGACAAAAUACAUAAUAAAACAAAAAUAAAACAAUAACCCCCCAAGCACAUUUAAAAGACCAUAGAACCAACCAAGGGCCUAGUUAUAAAGAAACAUUUUCACCAGGUGCCAAAAGAUAUGUAAUGAAAGCACUGGGAAAGCCUCCCUUGGGAGAAAACUUCACAAACAGUGAGCCUCUGGGCCUCUCAUGGAAGAGGCAAACAAAAACAGGCCUCAGAUGAUGAUCGCAGGGUCUGAGAUUGUUCAUAUGGGAAGAGGCAUUGUGGUCCUGAGCAAUUUAAGGCUUUAUAAGUAAAAACCAGCACUUCGAAUUAGGCCCGGAAACUUAUCGGAAGUCAGUGCAGUAAGACUAGGAUCGGUGUAAUAUGCUCAAACUGUCAUACCUUGGUGAGCAACCAGCCUCUGAAUUCUGCACCAGCUGAAGUUCCAAAAACUGUCUUCAGAGUAGCCCUAUGUAUAACAUGUUGCAGUAAUCUAACCUCUGGGUUACCAGAGCAGACAACAGACGUUCAGCUAUCCCUGUCCAGACAGGGGUGCAACUGAGCCACCAGCCAAAGCUGAUGGAAGGCAUUCUGUGCAACUGAGGCCAACUAAGCCUCAAACGAUAGCAAAGGAUUCAGAAGUAGCCUCAAACUACAUACCCACUACUUCAGAGGGAGUGUAACCUUAUCAAAAGCAGGCAACCUCAUGUCUAUCCAGUUGAGGGAACCACUCACUAACAGUGCUUCAGUCUUAUCAGUUUCUCAACUCUCAUCCAGUCCAUUACUAAGGCAAGAUAAGUCCAGCACAUCCACUGCCUCACCAGCAGAUGUAAAUGAUAAGAAGAGCUGUAUGUCAUCAGCAUAUUUCUGGCAAAGUACUCCAAAACUCCAGAUAAUCCCAUCCAGCAGUUUCAUUUAGAUGUUAAACAGCACAGGAUAAAACUGAGGAACCCCACAUUGAAGGCUCCAUGGGACCGAAGGUAACUCCCCAAGCACCACCCUCUGGACAGGACAAUCCAAGUAAGACCAGAACCAUCACAAAGCUGUGCCCCCACCCAUAAUUCAAGGCAACCAUUCCAGAAGGAUACUAUGGUUGAUGGUAUCAAAAGUCACUGAGAGGUCAAGGAGAAUUAACAGGGGAACAUUUCCCCUCUCCCUCUCCCAGGAGAGGUCAGCAUACAGGGCAAACAAAGCAGUUUCUGUGCCAAAACUGGGCCCAAACCCUGAUUGAAAUGGAUCUAGAAAAUCAGUUUCCUCCAAGAGGUCCUGGAUCUGGUCUGUGACCAGUCGUGCAAGAACCAUGCCCAAGAAAAGGGAAAUUGACAACUGCUUGGUAAUUCUUUAGAUUUCCCUUCUCUAAAGACCACUGCACAAAUAUUAGGGACACUGGAUCCAUUAAAAGGAAAGACAAAUUCACUAUCAUACUGGCCAAGUUUUCAAAAAGUAAAUUAGAAAUUCCUUAUCAGAAUCUCAGAAUAAAACGUCUAAGUUGUUAUUCUCCAUUUUUUAUGUACAGGGAGAUAUAUAUUUUUAAGGGGCAUUAAAUCGGCAAAUAUCACUUGUUGUUUAUAAUAUUAUUGUUCCCAAAAAGGCAUACUUCAUGGCUUCCCCAAAUGUGUGUUUUGGCAUUUAGCAGCCUCCCUGGAGAAGACUAACAGAAGAACCUAUUGGCCUCUGCCAUUAGCCUUUUCUGUCCAGAAUUCUCCAAGGCCAAGGGGAAGUAUCUGUGGCAUCAAGAACUUCCUGUGUGGGAUGCCUCCAAGAAAGUGAGUCACUUGGAAAAAUCAAUAAGGUCAUUGCUGCCACAAAUGUUUGGGCACGUAGCCAGUUCAGUGCCCUUUUACCACCAAGGGUAAAUGGAUAAAUGGAUAAUGAUGGGUUGGCAUAAGCUGAGCAGGAAGGGGAAGAGGAAAGACUGGGUGACAGGCUCCCUCCCAUUCUAAGAAGCAAAUAUUACCUGGGUAAGACACUAUAGGUGCUUGCAGAUUAUUGAGUAGACAGUGUUAGCUAUUUAAAGAGUAUUUAUUCUGCUUCGUUUGUGGGGGAGUUAGAUUACAUUGUGUCCAAGCAAGUGUUAUCCCAUACAUCAAGUGUAUUUUCCUGUCACUUUCCUUACUUCAAAAAAUCCAGUUUUGGGGGAAGAGGGUUUGUUGCACAUGACCGCCCAAUCAACUAUAAUCAUGAAACAUGAAUUUUCCAGUAUUUGAUUGAAUAUCUCCUGGAAAUAGCAACUGUCUGGAAACAUCAUUGGUGCCUAUUUAACAAUACAACUAAGAAUCUGUGUGGGGACCCCUGGUUUUCUUGUUUUAUCUUCUGCUUUGUUUUUACAAUCAAACAGUGUAUAAAUUCUAUGAAAUAAAUAAAUACAUAUAUAAAAAAAUAGAAAUGCUCCCAUAUGGCAGCUCACUGGCACGGCCAAAGCACAAAUGAAUAAAUACCCAUAGACUAAGCAAAAGAAAAGCAGAGAGAAAGUGUGGAGCUUGUUGUCUAGGUGAAAAAGAAACACACAUUUGUUGUAUUGUGAAAUUGCUUCAAGAUGCUGCAUAGGAAGUGAUACAUAAAUAAUAAUAAAAUAAAAUAACGAUGAUGAUGAUGAUGAUGUUAGAAAGACAAGCUUUCCUGGCACCUAAAAUGGAGUUUUGCCCUAUGCCCUUUGAAAAUGGAAGUAAAUAAUGUCAAGCUGACCACACCUUUGCAGCCAUAGUCAAUGUAAAUCACAGGUUAAUCUCAGUUCCAUAUGAGACUAAUGGAUUUGGGCAAGAACACUUUCUUUUAGCUAAGCAAGUUAAUGCUUCACAGGUUUUUCAGCUGAAAGCCCAUCUGGGAUUGUUUGUGUAAAGAGAUGAGAUGCGUGGAUAGUGCCAAAGAUCAAUACAGUGAGGAGGGAAUUAUCUGACAACUAACCAGCAUAUUGCUAUUUUGUGCUUUUUUCCCCAGGGCUGCAUAUUUGUCUCUGCAAUCUUUGGUGACAUUAUUUUUUUUCAAAAGCAAAUUAUCAGUAAUCUCUGUGAUGUAA